AUCGACCCUCAGCUCAGUACCACAACGCUUUGAUAACGAACGAUGAUGAACACUUCGCCGAUGAAACAAUCUUUCGAUAUCAACGCUCCCUACGGUCUCAACGCAGGAGAGCACGUCUGGCGUAGCAUCGCGCCGAUUCUCGCCAGACGAGGUUACACUCUUCGUCCUCGGUAUCAUGAUGGCUGGGUUGGUUCCUGGGUUGGGACCAACAAGCGACCCGAAGAAUGCGAGGAUAGUAUCGUGCUCGGCCGAAAACAACUUCUACUGGACGCCAAGUGGAGAAGCGGCUCGAAUGUCAUGCUGAAACUCUGGUUUGACAACUUCCUCGAUCGCGUCGAGCCUGAUGUCCUCCAGUACUUUUCGCAUCCCAGCCGUAUCAAUGAUUCUGCCAACCACUGCGUCCCUCUGUUGGACAUGUUUCAGAUACCUGGCCAACCAUUUGUGAAAGUCUUGGUUGAGCCGCUCCUGCGGAGCUACAACGAGCCCCCUUUCAUCAUGGUGGCCGAAGCGUUGUCCUUUGUCCUUCAAACUUUAGAAGGACUGGAGUAUAUGCACCUUCAUAAUAUCGCGCAUGGCGACAUAUCACACAAUAAUAUUCUGAUGGACACUCAUGAUAUGUUUCCAGAUGGCUUUCAUGGUGCAUUUACUCUGAAUCCCGGACAUCGUAUGUCUGAGACCGGCCUGCUGCGUCUCACAAGAAUACAGGCACCACCAAAGUACUAUUAUAUUGACUUUGGCUCCAGCUGCAUGUGUCGGACAUUCAUGGGUAGCGCACUGGUUCUUUCGGUUGCAACGUCUUUUGUCCCUCCCGAAAUCAAGGAUGACCGAACCAAAGCAUACGACCCUUUCAGAGGUGAUGUAUUUUCUCUCGGCAUGACAUUCCUGGCCAUGGUUCAGAAUCGCCCCGGCCUCACGUUUCUCCUUCCUAUGAUUCGCAGAAUGACUGUUCAAAGUCCCUCUUCUCGACCAACCGUAUUUCAGAUCAAACGACAUUUUCUCACUAUUGUGCUCCGGAACUUGACCAAAACACAAAUGAUAGAACGCAUAGGGUGGGAAGACACGUCGAAAAUGACAACAUUCGAAAGGGCUUUCGAUACCAAAGAGCAUUAUGCCGAACUGUGGAACGAUGUGAAGAGAUAUGGACUACCGGUCGAUUUACUUACUAGCGGCACUACUGAUGGGGCGCCUUGA